AUGGGAAAGUUCAAGAAAACUCAAAAGAUACUAAAAUUGAAAAGGAUAAUAAACCCAAAUGACAACAGAGUGAAGCAAAGUAACGGAAAUGGAGUAAAAAAAAAUAUUAAGAAAAAUGAAGAAAAAAUAAAACAAGUUACUCCAAUAGAUAGUAAUUUAUUUUUUAACUAUAAUGAGAAUUUAUGUCCACCAUAUAAUAUAAUACUGGAUACAAAUUUUAUUAACACAAGUAUACAAUAUAAACUUGAUAUAAUAAAAGGCUGUUCAGAAUUGUUACUAGCCAAAUGCAAUAUUUACGUAACAGACUGUGUUGUGGCAGAAAUGGAAAAACUGGGGCAGCGAUAUUCCCUUGCCCUCAAAUUAUUAAAAGACCCUAGAUAUAUUAGACUGACGUGUACCCACAAAGGAACAUAUGCAGAUGACUGUAUAGUCAAUCGUGUUACUGAAAGUCGAUGUUACAUCAUUGCAACAAAUGAUAGGGAUUUAAAAAUACGGUUAAGAAAAAUACCAGGAGUUCCUAUUUUAUAUGCCAAAAAUUUCAAGUACAAAAUUGAGAGACUCCCGGACAAUAUUUUGAUAUAA